AACAGACUCACAUCAUGUUUGAUUGAAACACGUCAAGGACUACGUCGCGUGACCUGGAGCUCCUUUUGGACUAUUACUCUUUCAGAUAAAUAGUAUUGAAGAAAACGUUUUUGAGUCAGGCCUUGGUUUCAGGUGAUAUUUGGCUUGAUGCAUGGCUGGCAUGUUGCCUUAAAAAAGUUAUUUUAGGGGUUUCUUCCGAAUCAUGUACGUUGGAUACCUUUUGGAGAAAGAGGGAAGCAUGUAUCACCAAGGAGCGGUUCGACGAUCUGGCAUCAGUCUUCCACCACAAAACUUUGUUUCCACACCUCAGUAUUCAGAUUUUACAGGAUACCAUCAUGUGCCCAAUAUGGAGACACACGCACAGUCGGCAGGGGCAUGGGGCGCUCCUUACGGCUCUCCGAGAGAGGACUGGGGCGCCUACAGCCUCGGACCUCCAAAUACUAUUUCUGCACCUAUGAGCAAUUCAUCUCCGGGACCAGUUUCCUAUUGCUCGCCCGAUUAUAACACCAUGCACGGCCCUGGAUCAGCGGUUCUCCCUCCACCACCUGAAAAUAUUCCUGUGGCCCAACUUUCCCCAGAGAGAGAAAGGCGUAAUUCCUAUCAGUGGAUGAGCAAAACCGUCCAGUCGUCAUCAACCGGCAAAACGAGAACGAAGGAGAAAUACCGAGUGGUGUACACAGAUCACCAGAGGCUGGAGCUAGAGAAAGAGUUUCAUUUUAAUCGCUAUAUCACAAUCAGAAGAAAAUCCGAACUUGCUGUAAACCUCGGGCUUUCAGAGAGACAGGUAAAGAUCUGGUUUCAGAACCGCAGAGCUAAGGAAAGGAAAUUAAUCAAAAAGAAAUUGGGUCAGUCUGACGGAAGCGGAGGGUCAGUGCACAGCGACCCAGGCUCCGUCAGUCCUUUACCGGUACCAGGGUCACUGAGUCCUUCAGAUAUACACGGUUCUCUGUAUCCAGCACAAAUGAACGCCUUGCCGUCCAUGAGAAACAUACAGCAAGUUACUGUCACUCAGUGAACUCGAACUUGGAACAUCCAACUUUAACUGAGCACUCCAACACGCUGAAAGGACAGAACCAAACGUGGUCACAAAGGAUUACAAACUAUUAAUGAAUAAAUUAAUAAAUAAACAAGAGGCGUGGGUUGUGGAUUACAACCGAAAAAUCACGUCUGAAAUACGACAAAAUGCUGGAGGCUCUUCAAAUAUUGUUUUAAUAGAAUAGUUUUUAAAAUUAAGAAAAAAAACUACAAAAACCUUGUUCGUCUGAUCCAGAGACUAAAUAUUUUUAAUGGUUUGUGUUUGCUCAAUUAAGAUAUAAAUAUCUUUUUCUGUAUGUGGUGAGUGUAUCUAAAUGUUUGUCUGUGUAUAAAGUGAGAACUACAGGUACGGAGUUUCAUGGGACGUGUAAUGAUCCUUACCCUGGAACUGUUAAACUUUUAUUGUCUGUGAAAACCAAUGACCUGCGAUGCCAGGCUGUUUUAUGCGCCAGAUUGUGUCCAAAGCGCACGUCGUUCACUUUCUUUUCACAGGGGUGAUGUGCAGGUGUCACAUACCUGAUACGGGUAUAACGUUUAAU